UGUGGUUUCCAAGGGUUUUCCAUGAUUAUUGUAUGCUCUGCUUCAUGAAGUCAAUAUAUAUUUUUGAUUCCUAUUGAAUAAUUGUAUCUUUAAUAUGAAGGAUCACAUUAACCUAACUUUGGUGAAGUCUCAGGGCAGUUGACCUUCCCUUUCAAGCUCUUAAAUAAAGUAGAGUAUCAGGACUGUACCAAAAAGUCCCAUCAUGUAAGCAGCCCUCCUUUAUAGGUAGUGUGCAAAAAAUUUGAUUUGGGUGCACUGAAUUGCCUUGUCCAUUGUUGCCAGCUGUUAGCUGAGUGAAAAAUGUUCCUGGGGCAAGCAUUCUUCAGAAUCGGCAAAGGCUCUCAUAGGCUAUGCCACCAGAGCAUGAAGCCCAGGUGUCAGAUGCCAUUUUCAUCAUUGGCUGAGGAGGAAGUCAUGUUGGAUAUCACCAAUCAAAAGGGAGUCAUUCUUCUCAACAGAACCAAGGCUCUAAAUGCCCUGAAUCUUUCCAUGAUUCGGAAGGUUUACCCUAAACUCAAGAGGUGGCAAUCGGAACUUGAUCUGGUGAUCAUCAGAGGAGCCGGAGGGAAGUCAUUCUGUGCAGGUGGAGACGUCCGGGCCAUCGUCGAGGCCGGAAAGAGGGGGGACCGCCUGACCAAAGACUUCUUUAGGGAAGAAUACAUGCUCAACUAUCUCACAGGGACACUGAAGAUUCCAUACAUAGCAAUCAUUGAUGGCAUCACCAUGGGGGGUGGAUUUGGACUGUCAGUUCACGGCCCUUUUCGUGUUGCAACCGAGAACACUGUUUUCGCCAUGCCCGAAACGGCAAUCGGUCUAUUCCCCGAUGUUGGUGGUAGUCACUUCCUCCCUCGCCUGAAAGGAAAACUUGGACUCUUUCUGGCACUGACAGGUCAACGGCUGACUGGAAGAGACGUGAUGAGUGCAGGAAUCGCCACACACAUGUGCGAUGCUAAGAGGGUGCCUGAUCUCAUUGAGGAUUUGUUUGAUUGCCCAUCUGGGAAGGAGGAACAAGUGAAGGCAGUCCUGAAGAAGCAUUCUGAUGCCUCAACAGUCGGCAAGGAUCGGAGGUACUCGCUGGAGGAGCACCUAUCCCAGAUCGAUGCCAUCUUCUCUGCGGAUUCGGUCGAGGAGAUCGUGCAGCGUUUGGAGAAAGAUGGAUCCAACUGGGCCAAGGACCAAAAGCACACCUUGAUGAAGAUGAGUCCCACAUCCUUGAAAGUGACCUUUGAGCAGCUGAAAAGGGGGGCUCAGUUGAGCCUCAAGGAUUGUUUCUGCAUGGAGUAUCGACUAAGUCAGCGCUUCUGCACAGAUCAUGACUUUUAUGAAGGAGUGAGAGCAGUGCUGGUUGACAAGGACAACAAUCCCAGGUGGAAGCCAGACAGGCUGGAAGAGGUGACUGCCGAGAAGGUGGCACAUUACUUUAAUCCACUGCCCGCAGAGGAAGAACUGCAGCUUGACUAGUUCUAUCCUAAUCUUGCAAAUUCUACAUACAGUUGAAUACGGUUUAUUUUGAAAAUUCUACGUACCGUUGUGUUAGGUUUAUUCAGGAGAGGAAUGGCCACCCCACAUAGCAUGCUGUAUUGUUAGUAAUUUUUUCCCAAGAUAAACUGAGGGAAAGUCAGUGUUGAG